CGCGUCGACGUCUGACGAAAAACAGACGUCAAAGAGAAAAUAAUUUUCCAAAAUAUACGUUUUUCAAUCCAGAACAUAAUGAUAUAGUGCUAAAACAUCACAGUGUUUUUCAUAAUAUUGUUUUCUUUAGCGUGUUUUGUUUUAAAUGCCUCAAUAAAGCUUUCCUAGUCACAACAACAGAUAUGUAAAUAAAUAAUAACAAUCUAAACAAACGUUGAAAGACUGAAAUGAGAUGUAAGAUGAUAUGACACAAGCGAGCUGAAACAGCGCUAUGGUCGCCCGUAGCGCUCCCACACCAUGACAGACGAAGAAAUUGUACCCCCAACCUUCGCUGAGAAACUUCUAUUUUACACAACAGCCACUUUUGUUCUACUUGGGACGUUCAGCCUUUUCGCGUUCCUCUUCCUUGUACCAUUUGUUAUAGAACCAGCCUUCACCACAAUAUUCAUGCAAUUCGAUCCAGUCGCAGCACUAUGUGUUACGACAGGGGUAAAGCAUCUCGUUGGCGCCAGCAACUGCUCCUGGGCAUCGUGCAGGGAAGGUUGCACCAAGGAUCUCUUUGAGUGCACCCAGAUUCGCGUCAACUACAAAUUGGGCAUAUACCCUAAUGUAACGCCUACUGAAGACUUGGAAACUUUAAUUAGAGAAGAACGGGCGCUGAGAAAAGACUACGAUUACGAAAACUACGAGGUUGCAGCUGAUAAAUCGUAUCCAGAAAUGGGGGAGGAAGAUCUACCUGAUGCCAUACCAACAGGGCUACAAGGCAACGACUCCGAAUGGUACUUCACUGGUGCUCGACUGUUUCCAAACGUGAAAGGUUGUGGGUACCCACCUAUCCUCAAUUGUACGAUCUUCUACGCGAAGCACAAACCAAUCGGCAACAAUUAUACUUGCUAUUACAGCCGCGUGGACCCAGGAUUGGUAAUCACUGAGCUGGAUAUGUGGCAGAAUACUUUAAACCUGGUGUAUGCCAUGGCAAUACCUAUACCGUCAUUCAUAAUAUCCGUGAUAUAUUUGACGUUUGCUUACUUUAAGAUUUAUAAUACUGAGGAAGAGUCUGAACAAGCGCCAUUGAAGAGCGAUGCUGAGGCGAUGGCUACUGGUGAUGAUGAGAAACCAACAACCCCAGGAUCUGAUACGUUUAGAGAGGAUCUGGCCUGUUUUGGACAUCAGCUGAAGAUGCAACUGGCUAAUGAGAAGCCUAAAGAGGGCUUUGAGUCCAAUAGUCCGCCAAUUUCUAAUUCUGCUUCAUUGUCUGGGACCAAGUCAUCGUUCGUGAACGCCUAACGUGACUAACAACAAAUAACACAGAGAUGACAGGAUUCCUGAAGAGGUGGCUUUGGAUACAGAGUGCAUCACGAGAUGAGCUGAACAAUAUGAACAAACUUUAUGAUCUAUAUUGUGCUCCAUAUGUGAUUUAUAACACGCUUGAGUAUUGCUGUUCUUCUCAUUCAAUUCUGUAAGAGUGCAAGAGUGAGAAGGUAGGAUAGACACAGUAUGAAAGCACGACUUUGAGAAGGUCGAAAACGGGCGAAAGAUUUUUUUUAUAACGCGUUGUGAAAUAAAAAGUAAUACUGAAUAUUAUGGCGGUGAUGUCUCUUGUUUUGGAGAUUUUAAUAUUUGAUUUUAAUAAAAUAUACUGGACUGGAUAAUUUAAAAUUAUACAAUAAUUUUAAUGAUAAUAAUAAUCUUCUUGAUGACGAUAAUAUCUAAUUAAGUUUAUCCAAUUUUUCUAUUACUGUUAAGUGCUAUAACUAAAGGUAAUUUAUUAAGUCAUUUUUCAUUGUUAUUAACUACCUUUCAUGGAGAAUUAUUGCUCAAUACAGAAGGGUUUCCACAAAACAAGAGAUAUCAUCGCGACAAAAGAUUUAUAUAAGUAAAUAAAAGAAUUUUAUCUCCUAAUAGUAAUUAUAAAUAAGGUUUUAACGCUCGUACGCUAAUGUGUCAAACUGCACGCGUGCUGUUAAAAUAUAAUGAAGAUAUAAAAGUAUUGUAUAUUUUAAAAAUUAUGUAUAAAAAGCAAGCUGUUCAAAAAUAGUAAAAUAAUUUUAUCGAAUUGUUGAUUUUCAGAUCCAUUAUGAUAAACCAAUCAAAUAUAGAAGAUGGCUAGAGAAAGUGAAAGAGAAAAGUAAAUACAUAAAAAUAAUGAUAAACAAAAAAAGUUUAGUAAAAAAAAAUACAUCGAUUAAAAAUAACAAAUAGUGUUGUCCCACCAGUACAAUUCAUUAAUAUCAUUUUAAUUGAUAAGCUAUGAUAAAUUAGUUAAUUUGAGAGUAAUAAUGCACAUUAUAUUUUAAAUAGUUGCGUUUAAGUUAGCUAAACCCAAAAGCUUGACUGAAGGUAUGAUGUGGUUAGAAAAAAUUUUCAAAUUGAAUAAAAAAUUAAUUGGAACGAGUGAAUUGAACGAUCAUAAAUGUACGAACGGUUGAGAUUAUUGUAUUCCUUGCCACGCGCUGCGCGAUAUCGAUUCUCCGUCCCGUGCCUCGACUAUUCAAAAAUUCAUUAACACUGUCCAUACCGAUCCGAACCGACAUUAUACCAUUAUGCUCACCAAAAUAGAAUACAUUAAUCAAUUAUAUCGAAAUUAGUUGCCUCUAUUUCACAAUUAUCGUCUUACUACAGAAUUUUUUUGGUAAACUGUUUUGAAGGUACCAAAUAACUUCACUUAAAUAAUGUUCAGGUAUGUUGAAGUCAUGUCUCAUAUUUGAGUAACUG